AUGGAGCUUCAGGAUAUUUUUUAUGACAAGUCUGAAUACAUUGAAACUGCUUCGGGAAAUAAGGUCAGUCGACAGUCGAUCCUCUGCGGUAGUCAGAACAUUGUUCUUAAUGGAAAGACGAUAAUAAUGAACAACUGCAUAAUCAGAGGUGACUUGGCGAAUGUUCGCAUCGGCAAGCACUGUAUUGUUGGGUUGAGGACUGUUGUCAGGCCCCCCUUCAAGAAAUUUAGUAAAGGCGUGGCAUUUUUCCCACUGCAAAUUGGAGAUAACGUUAUCAUUGAGGAAGACUCUGUGAUCAAUGCUGCCCAUAUUGGUUCGUUCGUUCACAUUGGGAAGAACUGCGUCAUUGGUCGUCGUUGCGUGUUGAAGGACUGUUGCGCCAUAGCGGACAACACGGUCCUGCCACCGGAAACAGUCGUCCCACCGUUCACUCUCUACUCCGGAAAUCCGGGUUUUUGA